AUGGCCAUGGCCACGGCCACAAGCACCGCAGGAAGGGAGCAUCACCACAACGGACGGGGGCUAGUCGUGAACUGGGUGACCGAGACCGUCACUGACGCGGCUCCCCCUCCUCCUCCUCCCCCUCCGCCGCCGCCGCUCCCCAUCGAUAUCCCCGGGAACGGCGACGGCGGCAACAGCGGCGGCGGCGGCGGUGGCACGACCUACGCGGGCGACAUCACCUACUUCGCGCUGGGGCUGGGGUCCUGCGGGUUCGACGACCUCAACAAGGACCACACGCACAACAUCGUGGCGGUGUCGGCGCAGCUGAUGGGCACCGUGUCCAACGGCAACCCCAUGUGCGGCAAGACCAUCACCAUCAAGGCCAACGGCAAGACCAUCCAAGCGCUCGUCCACGACAAGUGCCCCGUCUGCGCCCCCGGCGACAUCGACGGCUCCGAGAAGAUCUUCUUGGAGCUCUUCGGUUCGCUGGAUGCUGGCCGCCAGAAGAUCGAGUGGUGGUUCAACGACUAA